AGGGAGCGGAGGCUGCGGCGCGGCUGGUUGUGGGAGGGCGGCGUUGCGGCCGGACGCUGGAACCUGGGCCGGCAGGACCCGAGGCCGCCGGACUCUAUCUAGCCCUGCCUGCCGCUAGCCUCGGGCUCCGCGUCCGGUUCUGGCGGCGGUGACUCAGGGCGCGCGCCGAGGGAUGGAGGAAGAUUGAAUUCCUCUCUUAAAUUUCUGGAUGUGUUUUCACUCGUGGAAACGUUUUCUACAGAGCAGUCAAUGGCUUAAUUCGAGCAAGUGUCGGCUGUGACUUGCUUUCACUGUUCUUCAGGAAGCUCGAGUCUGCCAGAUACAGGGCUUUUUGUGAUGACAAUAUGACCCACAGUAAAGGAAGACCUGCCGCUUACAAGACAAGUGCCAGUCCGGAGAGCGGAGGGGGUUUUGUAGAUUGGACUUUAAAUUUAAAUACAAUUCAAUCUGACAAGUUUCUAAACUUACUGUUAAGCAUGGUGCCAGUCAUUUACCAGAAAAACCAGGAAGACAGGCAUAAAAAAGUCAACGGCAUUUGGCAGGACGGGCUGUCCGGUGCGGCACAAACUUUCAGCAAGAGAUCGGAGCCACAUCUGGACUACCAUGAGUUCUCCGAGCAGGCCUUCCACAGUGGCAGUGGCCAUACCCCAGCCAGCUGCAGCCCCAGGUACGACGACUAUGCCGGCUAUAACUACUGUGACGGAAGGGAGGCCUCGGAAACCACCGCCAUGUUACAGGACGAAGAUCCGUCCAGUCAGGGCGAUGACGUUAUUGUGGAAACAAGCCAGAGGCUCCCAAAGGAAUCCAGUGGGGUCAUGGCUCUGCAGAUACUUGUGCCAUUCUUGCUGGCUGGGUUUGGAACUGUUUCCGCUGGCAUGGUUUUGGACAUAGUGCAGCACUGGGAGGUGUUCAAAAACGUGACAGAAGUCUUCAUUUUGGUGCCCGCGCUUCUUGGUCUGAAAGGGAACUUGGAAAUGACAUUGGCGUCUCGGUUAUCCACUGCAGUGAAUGUCGGGAAGAUGGACUCACCCAUCGAGAAGUGGAAUCUAAUCAUCGGCAACUUGGCUUUGAAGCAGGUGCAGGCCACAGUGGUUGGUUUUCUGGCAGCUGUGGCAGCGAUCAUACUGGGCUGGAUUCCGGAAGGGAAAUAUUACCUCAGCCAUUCCAUACUCCUGUGCUCCAGCAGUGUGGCAACCGCCUUCAUUGCGUCUCUCCUGCAGGGAAUAAUAAUGGUUGGAGUUAUCGUUGGCUCCAAGAAGACAGGCAUAAACCCCGACAACGUGGCCACACCCAUUGCUGCUAGUUUUGGUGAUCUGAUAACUCUGGCCAUAUUAGCUUGGAUAAGUCAGGGUUUGUACUCCUGUCUUGAGACAUAUUAUUACAUUUCUCCAUUAGUGUGUGCCUUUUUCUUGGCCCUGACUCCUAUCUGGAUUAUCAUAGCUGCCAAGCACCCAGCUACCAGGACAGUGCUCCACUCGGGCUGGGAGCCAGUCAUAACAGCCAUGGUGAUAAGCAGCAUCGGGGGCCUUAUUCUGGACACGACCGUAUCUGACCCAAACUUGGUUGGGAUUGUUGUUUACACGCCAGUUAUCAACGGGAUCGGUGGCAAUUUGGUGGCCAUUCAGGCUAGCAGGAUUUCUACCUACCUCCAUUUACACAGCCUCCCCGGAGAACUACCUGAGGAGCCCAAAGGCUGCUCCUACCCAUUUAGGACGUUUUUUGGUUCAGGAGUGAACAAUAAGUCUGCCCAGGUUCUCCUGCUCUUCGUGAUUCCCGGCCACCUGAUCUUCCUCUACACAAUCCAUCUGAUGAAGAGCGGCCACACCUCUCUGACCGUAGUCUUCGUUGUUGUGUACCUGCUUGCUGCUGUGCUCCAGGUGUUCACCCUGCUGUGGAUCGCUGACUGGAUGGUCCAUCGCUUCUGGAGGAAAGGAAAGGACCCGGACAGUUUCUCCAUCCCAUACCUGACGGCGCUAGGCGAUCUGCUUGGGACCGCUCUGCUGGCCUUAAGCUUCCAUUUUCUCUGGCUUAUCGGAGACCGAGAUGGCGACGUUGGAGACUAACAGACCUACAAGCUGCCGUGGGGUCACCCGGGGGGAGAACACAGGCAGCCAUUGCUGCCCCUCCAAAGCUCUUCAUCUGUCCUGUGACUUACGCCAGGGUAGUCUGCGGUUCACCCUGACUCCAUAAAUGGCCUUAAUGUACUUUUUAAGGGAUUUGUGAAUCUGAAACCACAUGAAAGGUAUUUGUGCUGCUUUUUUGUAGAAUAAAUAAUUUGACACAGA